AUGUCCUCAAAGAAGAGAAAGAAUGAUAGUGAUGAGGAGGUGGAGGAGGAAGAGGUAGAGUCAACCAAGGCUGAGAAGAAGAAGUCUACAAAGAAGUCAACUAAAGUGACAAAGAAGAAGCCUGUUAAGGAGGAGUCAGAGGAUGAGGAGUCAGAGGUUGAAGAGGAAGAAGAGGAGAAGAAAGAGAAGAAGGAGAAGAAGAAACCAAAGGUAGCAGCUUCCGCAAAGAAGGAGAUUGACCUUGGCAACAAGAGGAAGAUAGCAUUCUCCACAUUUGGUAUCGCAUUGUCACCAGCUCAAUGGAAGAUCAUCACAAGCAACAUAGAUACAAUCAAUAAAUGGUUGAAUUAG